AUGGUCCGCGCCAGGCACCAGCCCGGCGGGCUUUGCCUCCUCCUGCUGCUGCUUUGCCAGUUCAUGGAGGACCGAAGCGCCCAGGCUGGGAAUUGCUGGCUCCGCCAAGCGAAGAACGGCCGCUGCCAGGUCCUGUACAAGACAGAACUGAGCAAGGAAGAGUGCUGCAGCACCGGCCGCUUGAGCACCUCCUGGACCGAGGAGGACGUGAAUGACAACACACUCUUUAAGUGGAUGAUUUUCAACGGGGGCGCCCCCAACUGCAUCCCUUGUAAAGAAACGUGUGAGAACGUGGACUGUGGACCAGGGAAAAAAUGCCGAAUGAACAAGAAGAACAAACCACGCUGUGUCUGCGCCCCAGAUUGUUCAAACAUCACGUGGAAGGGUCCAGUCUGUGGACUGGAUGGGAAAACCUACCGCAACGAAUGUGCACUCCUGAAAGCCAGAUGUAAAGAGCAGCCAGAGCUGGAAGUGCAGUACCAGGGCAAAUGUAAAAAGACCUGUCGGGAUGUUUUCUGUCCAGGCAGCUCCACGUGUGUGGUGGACCAGACCAAUAAUGCCUACUGUGUGACAUGUAAUCGGAUUUGCCCAGAGCCCACCUCCUCUGAGCAGUAUCUCUGUGGGAAUGAUGGAGUGACAUAUUCCAGUGCCUGCCACCUGAGAAAGGCCACCUGCCUGCUGGGCAGAUCGAUUGGAUUAGCCUAUGAGGGAAAGUGUAUCAAAGCAAAGUCCUGUGAAGAUAUCCAGUGCGGUGGUGGAAAAAAGUGUUUAUGGGAUUUCAAGGUUGGCAGAGGACGGUGUUCCCUCUGUGAUGAGCUGUGCCCUGACAGUAAGUCGGAUGAGCCUGUCUGUGCCAGUGACAAUGCCACUUAUGCCAGCGAAUGUGCCAUGAAGGAAGCUGCCUGCUCCUCAGGUGUGCUGUUGGAAGUAAAGCACUCCGGAUCUUGCAACUCCAUUUCGGAAGACACUGAGGAAGAAGAAGAUGAAGAAGACCAGGACUACAGCUUUCCUAUAUCUUCUAUUCUAGAGUGGUAAACCCUCCACCAAUGUUCAUGUUCACACAGGCUUUGAGCAAAACAAAACAAAACAAAAAAGAAACAAAAAAAACAAAAAAAAUAUAUUGUCCAUACUGUAAAUAAGUGUAUGCUUAUUUAUUUGGGGGGAAAACUAUACAUUAAAGGACCUUUGUCCUAAAGCUCUCUCCCAGGCCACCUUGUUACUCACUGGGCAUGGAGAGGCAGUCAUUGUGAGGUCUACUGGAUGAGGACCAUAGUUGAAACUUGUAGACAUUUAUUUAUACUGUGUCAUGUUUUAUAAUUUAUACAUAAAAUGUCUGGUUGACUGUAUACCUUGUUUUUGAAGAAAUUUAUUCGUGAAAGGAAGCGCAGUUGUUAUUUAUUGUGAGGUCUCUUGCUUGUAAAGUAAAGGCUUUUUUUUUUCCCCCUUGUAAACCAUUUAAGUCCAUUCCUUACUAUCCAUUCACUCAUCUGUCUCCUUUCAUUUCACUGUACUUUUUCACUUUUAACAAACUUGCAUGUUCGUUUCUGUCAUGUUUAUUUAUUGGAUUCUCUGCUGCCUGAUCUGUACAUACAUGAUCCCUCGGGUUUUGUUUACAAGGAAUCUUGACUGACCAAAAGGCAUUAUAACUCUGACUCAAAUGCAAGGUACAGAGGACAUGCAUCUUUGAGGAAACUCCUACUUCAUUUCUCUUGUGCUGAUGAGGCCAUUUGUGGGAGAGGGUGUGAGAGCAGUGUUAGAAUUCUAUUAAUGUACUUUUAAAAUGUUACAAAUCCAAAGACAUGGAGUGAUGUGGGUGUCUCAAGACUAAAGAAAGGCAAACGCUACACAUUUAACCUUUUGUUAGGUGUUUCCUUUAAGCUAGUCAGCUGUACCUUUUAAAUUCUUUUUCAACCAAUGUGUCACUAAAAGUUCUAUCAAAGAUUUAUCAGUUCAAGUUUCUUGCUUUUCAUAAUACUUUCUUCUGAUGCAAUUUUAUAUUUUCAAACAUGGCAAGUUAAAUAUAAAUUCAUUUA